AUGAUGUUCCCGGUAUUCAAGGCUACUUGGCAGGCGUAUCUAAGGCUUAUAAAGCACCAUUUUCUUCACACAACACGUCGUGAGUUGGAAUUUAAAAAAUGGAAGAAAUACAAGGCUUUACGAGCAUGUUUAACCGCACUAACUUUUUGAAAAAAGUUGAUAGAAUUUUAUAAUUGUGCGCAAAUUAAGACCCAAGAUACUUGAAUUGCUUCAAUUUUCUCCUUUUUUUCAUGAUGAAAAAUUAUUCUGUGUGUCAAAACAACAAGCUGAUAAAAAUCAACCAUUUUUUUUGCCGAAAAUCACUGAUUUUUAUCAUUCACCGCAGCCACUUUUAUCACUCCGACCUUUAUCACUCUGCUCAUCAACCCUCCAACCAGUUGUUUGCUCCCAAUUUGCUCAUUACGCUUUCAAAAUUGAUUCCAACGGAUUAUCAUGGCAUUUGUCCCUGACUUUGGGCUUGGCUAGCCUUUUCACGAAACAGAUUUUCACUACUAUCACGAAGGCGGAUGGCGGUCAGUUUCUUUUUCCGAAAUUUAGUUGAUAAAUUGAUUUGUCAAGAAGUUAUGAAAUAUUUUGAGUGAGACCAUUACUUAAUUUUCAAUGACUAGUUCCUUCAAAAAUUUUAAUUUUCAUGAAAUUGUCUCACUUCUCUGCGCUCCCUUUCCCCUCGACAAACUUAAGAAAUUUAGAGGGAUCCCUAUAGGUGUUAGAUGUAAAACAGCCCCUAUAGGGGUAAUAUCAAGGUGGUCCCUAGUGAGGGUGUGACCUCUUAGCCCCUAAAGCUUGAGUGGUCCCUAGAGGGGUCUUACGGUUUUUUUUUUCAAAACACGCUCAUUUGUAUAGUUUUUCGCAUGGGAAUGCUUUCGUAAAAUUUUCGACUAACAUGUCCUCCAUAGGGGCCACUAACUAAAACCCCUAUAGGGACCACUUUUGCAAGCCUUAGUGACCCCUAUAGCGGUUGGUAAAGUGGUCCCUAGAGGGUUCCCUCCACAGGCUCAUAAUUUUGCCCCUAUAGGGACCACUCUGGAGUUCCUAAGAAGCUCUCAUUUUCCUAUGAUACUUUCCAUUUUUCUCUGACCGGUGAGAGAAAAGAGGGCGCAGGCAGGUCAGACACGGUCGCUUUUUACAUAAUUAUACUUUUUUUUCAAUUUUUCCCUUUCCUUAUAGCUAAAACUUCAUGGAGAAAAUCGGAAAAAGUGGAAAAGGCUCCAUAGAAAUGUCCCUUUUAGGGUGACCAGGGCUCCUUUUUUGCGCCAUUUCAUCGGUUUUAUGCACUAUUUUUGCUGCCUCCUCUUUUUUCCACCGUUUUUGAGCCUUUGAAAUUCCAGGAAAAAUGGAAGGCUUGAUAAAGGGACUCUUUUUGCAGCCUUUCUGCGGCCUUUUUGCGGCCUUCCUGCGGCUUUUAUCCAAUAUUUUCGAUUUUCGAUGAGUUCCUAACCCAACUUAUUAAUUUAGAAAAAUACAGACCUGCCCAGUUUCAUUCAAAAUCCCCUCUCUUCAGCCCUGGGAUGGAUUGCGGCAGUCCCAUUCGCCUUCCACAUCGUCGAGCUCGUCGUGGGCAUCUACAUCCUUCGCGACACUCAGGCCCAGGAAAUCAUCAAAGCGACUUUCGUCCUGUUCAACGUCACCUCGGCGCUCAGCGUCCUCUACGGCGCCAACUUCGCCUUUUUCGCCAUCGACUUUGCCAUCUACAUCGCCACGUAUCGAUGCGUCUUCUGGCUCCUUCUGAUGACCCUCGGAACCUACGGCUUCGUCGCUGGUCGGGUUAGAAUACCGAGGUGAUUUUGGGAAAAGAGCGAUUGAAAAAAUUGAUAGGAAAGUUGUCAAUAUGGCGUCAGAAGUGUACAAAAAUCGAUAAGAGAUUUUUAAAACUCGAAUAUCUUCUUUAGAACGCCAGAGUAGUCCCUAUAGUGGCUAGGGAAAAAGGCAGGACAACAAAGUGAUCCUUUUAGGGGUGAAAUUCAGGUGGUCCUUUUAGGGGUUUUUUAAAUUUUUGUCCUUUUUAAAAAGGCAGCUUCUAAAGGGGACAACAAAGUGAUCCUUUUAGGGGUUGAAUUCUAGGGGUUUCAAAAUUUUCUCUGACAUGCUUCCCUAGAAUGGCCACUAACUAAAAACCCUAUAGGGGUCACUUUGCAAGCUUUAAUGACCCUAUAGGUGAAGUGGUCCCUGAGGAUGUCCCUAUAGGAAUCACUUUAGGGUUCUCACGUCUAUGGGCACUUUUUCCGGUUUUUCUUUAUCUCUGACAUGCUUCCCUAGAAUCGCCACUAAUCAAAAACCCUAUAGGGGUCACUUGUAGGUAAAAGGGUCCCUAAGGAUGUCCCUAUAGGGACCACUUAGGGUUCUCACGUCUAUGGGCACUUUUUUCGGUUUUUCUUCCAAAAAAUGAAUUUUUCCAAUUUCUAGUCAUGCACUCAUGCGUCAAAGUGUAUGCACACUAUAAGCAUUUUAAUUCACGAUAUUAUUUUCAGACUCUUCAACCGUCCCCUCCCGAACGACGUCGAAUUCAUCUCCGCGGCGACGUUCCUCUGGGGGAUCGUCAAAUUCUUGCAGAUCGACAUGUUGACCAUCUACCAGAAUUACACGCUGGAACGGCUCAAAAACCUCCCAAAAACCUAA